AUGGCGGCCCCGAGGUCGAACGACAGGGGCUUUCACAAAUUUCUUCCGGACCAUCUCUACACCUGCGCCCCUCACGUCGCCAGCGCAUUGCAGCAGUGGAGCCGACGGCGCAAUCCUCUUGCUGCAGCAGAGCCGAGUCUCGGCGGCUCGGGCUCGACGAGGUCGGAGACUCGACAGGCUCCGAAGCGGAGGAUCAGCGCGGCGGCUUCGAGCUUCAUGAUCCCGUCCUUCAGCGAGCCAGCGGGGUUCGGAAUCGACCUCUACUCGACGAAAUACUUUCUGACAUGCGCCGUGGGAGGCAUGCUCUGCUGCGGGGUCACGCACUGCAGCAUGACGCCCGUGGACGUGGUGAAAUGCAACAUGCAGAUCGACCCCGUCAAGUAUAAGAGCAUCGGCGCAGGCUUCCGGACGGCGAUCGCCGAGCAGGGCGUGGCGGGGCUGUUCCGCGGCUGGGUGCCCACCUUUCUGGGCUACUCGGUCCAGGGCGCCGGCAAGUAUGGCUUCUACGAGCUUUUCAAGCACUUGUACUCGGAGGCCGUGGGGGUGGACAAUGCGCUCAAGUACAAGACCGUGCUCUACCUCGCGGCGUCGGCCUCCGCCGAGUUCUUGGCCGAUCUCGGCCUCUCGCCCUUCGAGGCCGUGAAGGUGCGCGUCCAGACUCAGCCCGGCUUCGCCAAGGGGCUCAUGGACGGCAUGCCCAAGCUGCUGGCCAAGGAAGGCAUGGGCGGGCUGUACAAAGGGCUGGUGCCGCUCUGGGGGAGGCAGAUUCCUUACACGAUGAUGAAAUUCGCCACCUUCGAGAGCACCGUGGACGCUCUCUACAAGCACGUGGUGCCUCUGCCCAAGGACAAGUGCUCGCCCGGCACGCAGCUCGGGGUGAGCUUCGUCGCCGGGUACAUCGCGGGGAUCGCGUGUGCUGUCAUCUCGCAUCCGGCCGACAAUCUGGUCUCGUACCUGAACAAUUCGCAGGGAGCCACCGUUUCACAGGCCGUGAAGGACAUGGGCGCCAGGGCGCUGCUGACCCGAGGCCUUCCCCUGCGCAUUUUCAUGAUCGGUACCUUGACGGCGGCUCAGUGGGGCAUCUACGACAGCUUCAAGGUGUUCGUCGGUCUGCCUACCACCGGUGGCGCUGCUGUUGGCGCUGUGCAAGAAGAAGACGACGACGAUCAUCGUGACCCGAAGACUGCCCAAUCGGAUGUCGCUCUGGAAGAUCGCUAG